AUGAGAUCGGAGCCGUACAGAGAACGGAUCCGGAGGGAGCUCCGCCAGAUAUGGGUCGACCCGCCGGCGUUCUGCCGGCCCGGCGCGUCGCCGGUGACGUACCUCCUCCACUGGGAGGUGGCCAUCGACGGCCCCGACGGCAGCCCCUACGCCGGCGGGACGUACGUUCCCCGUAGACGUCGACUUCGGCCGCACUACAUAUCCCCUGAGGCCCCAAAGAUCACCUUCAGAACCAAGGUGUACCACCCGAACAUCAACUCGGAAGGGGAGAUGACGCUGGACAUCUUCCGCUACGAGAACUGGAGCGCGGCGAUGACCGUCCGCAAGCUCCUCCUCCUCAUUGUAUCCGUCCUCCGCGACCCCAUGCUCGACGACCACCCGACCAACGACGAGGCCAGCGAUGUGUACGAGAGCGACCUCGAGCUCUACGAGCAGAUGGCCAUGGCGUGGACCUGGGAGUACUCCUCCACGCCCAUCGUCUCCUACUACCCGCCGGUCGAGAAAGACGAGCGGCGGUGGCUGGACUGGUGGGAGGCCGACGAGGCGGCGGAAGCGGAAGAGUGGCUGCGCCGCUACGAGGCGGAAAAGAGGCGGCGCCGCCAGGAGGAAGAGAUGUUGGCCGCGUCGUCGCCUGCACGUGACAGGAGGAUCGCGUUGCCCCGUGUGACGUGGAACCGGGCGGUGGCGUUUCUUCAGGGAUGGGCCGUCGCGUUACCUUGA